CCUCGCUCUGUUCUAAAAAGCAAUGGUUUUCUACUUUACAAGCAACGUGACGACGCCGCCAGCCAAGCUGUACAUGGGCCGCGACAAGUACGAAAAUGAGGACUUGAUCAAGCACGGAUGGCCAGAAGACAUUUGGUUUCACGUCGAUAAGCUCUCAUCCGCACACGUCUACGUUCGCAUGGCUCCGGGUCAGAGCAUGGACGACAUUUCCGACGCUUUGGUCCAGGACUGCGCGCAGCUGACCAAGGCCAAUAGCAUUGAAGGAUGCAAGCUCAAUGAUGUGUGGAUUGUCUACACUCCCUGGGCCAACCUGAAGAAGACUGGCGACAUGGCUGUCGGUCAAGUGAGCUUCCACAAUCCUCGCAACGUUCGUAAAUUCCUGGUUGAAAAGAAGGCAAACGAGAUUAUCAACCGAUUGGAAAAGACCAAGGUGGAGCGCAACGACGUCGAUUUCAAGGCCGAGCGCGACGAGCGCGACCGUGCGGAGCGUGAACAGCAACGAGUGGUGUUGAAAGAGCAGAAACGCGUGGAAAAGGAACAGGAGGACGCUCGCAAGAAGAAGGCCGAGCUGCAAAGCUUUUCUGCCAUCAUGAAGCCAGAAAAGAUGAAGAGCAAUCAGGACGUCAAGAAGAGUGUUCGUGAAGCAGAGGAUGAUUUUAUGUAACACAUUGAAAUGUUAAAAAGAGAGAGAGAGAGAGAGAGAGAGAAAAAAAAAUGAUAACACUACAAAUCUACCAUCUCAAAUCCAAGUAGAUACCAG